GCGAGUGAGAACCCGGACCGGCAGCGCGCGCACUGAUAGUACACACGCGAACCUGCCGAAGGCCGUUGGAGUCGUCCGUUGUAAAUUAUGUACAUACGUCUGUGAUAUGUUUUCGGACUCUCUUGUAGCUACACAACUUGAAGCCGACGAAACGAGCAGCGAGUUUAAAAAAAAAAAAGAAGCUUGAACCUAACGACGAGCAUCGUCUGAGCUGGAACACCGUGCUGCAAGUGCUCUCUGCCCGCCUCACGCACACCGAGGCUCGACGACUCCGGCGGCGACUUGCGAGCCGAUGACACCGCGGCAAGCCUGAAAAAUGUAAAAAGAAAAACAACCGGAGUCAAGGUUUUUUUCCCAAAGUCUUUUUGUAGCCGUAUUUUCUCAGUUGACGUAAAAAGAAAAGAAAAAUAGACAUAAGAGAGCCCUGUGUCCGCCUCCUGUAAAUAACCAUAGCGCUCGUGGAGAGGUAAUAAAAACAGUUAACAGUGAGUUUGCUAGCUAUCAGGGCUGAGCAGCCGGUCGUUAAAGAAAGACAUCGCUGGACCGAUGAGCUGCGUUGUUCCAGUCUGGUUUAUUUGAAGAUAUUCACAAAACGGUUUGAGAGGGAAGCUCUGAAGAUUUAUAAAAAGGCCUGAAAAAAAGCCCCUGCCUUAGUGUUUUCACUGAGAAACGUGUGAUUUUCUCUGAUUGCUGCUGCACAAGGGGAUUCUACUUGUAUGCAGGAAAUGAGACGAAGAAAAGUGAGGACAGAAUCCUUGAACAGUUGUAGCCUCACCCUUCUGCAUUGACGAAAAGCUGCAGAAAAGGAUACAGAGAAGAAGAAGACAGGGAAGAAGUGAGAGAGAACCACCUGGUUGACCCAGCAUCCACCUGCACACCCAAAGAGCAGCAUUGCAAGCUGAAAGGGGUGAGUGUGUGACCACCGAAAGAGAGAGAGACGGGGACUGUUAGAGGAGCAAAGCUUUGGAGGUGGAGGUGGAGGGGGAAGUCUAGGACGGUUGGGAAAGACCAUUCCUCAUGGCUACCGACCCAGGAGAACCCACAGGCACUGAGGACUCCUCGGAGAAACCUGAUGGACAGAAAGAGGAGGAUACAGAGCGGGAGGGCGGGGCCAACCAACAGAGGGAGAGGACACAUGGCACCCCCUUGGAGUUCCCAUCGUCCAGGACUCAAGAGGGGAGAGAAACAGGUGGGGAGGAUGCAGGAAAUGGAGGAGGUGGGGGUGGAGGUGAGUCCCCAGUCUUUGUCUCCAUGCCUUCCUUACACGGCGAUUCAGGUCCUAAACGACUGAGACGGGAGAAGCGCUUCUUCAGGAAGAGUGUGGAAAUUUGUGAAGAGGACGAUGCGGUGGAGGUGGCCCCUGAGGCUCCUCACAGUGCCCCCAACCUGGAGCUGCUCUCCAAAGAAGCAGGCUUUGGCAGCGCUCAGCAUCAAGGGACUGCUUCCUCCUGUGCUGAUGCGGGACAUAUCCCAUGUCAGGGGAAUGAGCCUGGAAAAGAUGCUCCUUCAUCUGCACCUGCCCAGAGUGGGAGGGAGAGAGACCGCGAGCAGGAAGAGGAGGCAGAGAUGAAAGCCGUAGCCACCUCUCCAGGUGGAAGGUUCCUCAAAUUUGAUAUUGAGCUGGGCAGAGGAGCCUUUAAGACUGUGUAUAAAGGCCUAGACACUGACACUUGGGUGGAGGUGGCAUGGUGUGAACUUCAGGACCGCAAACUGACCAAGGCAGAACAACAGCGCUUCAAGGAGGAGGCAGAGAUGCUCAAAGGACUUCAGCACCCAAACAUCGUCCGCUUCUAUGAUUCGUGGGAGUCUGUGCUCCGUGGAAAGAAGUGCAUUGUUCUGGUCACUGAACUCAUGACAUCCGGAACACUCAAAACUUAUCUGAAGCGCUUUAAGGUCAUGAAACCCAAGGUCCUAAGGAGCUGGUGCAGGCAAAUUCUCAAGGGCCUUCACUUCCUUCAUACUAGGACUCCACCAAUCGUCCAUCGGGAUCUCAAGUGUGACAACAUCUUCAUAACUGGCCCAACAGGAUCAGUUAAGAUUGGUGACCUGGGACUGGCCACACUUAUGAGAACCUCCUUUGCCAAGAGUGUCAUAGGAACCCCAGAAUUCAUGGCUCCAGAAAUGUAUGAGGAGCACUACGAUGAGUCUGUGGAUGUGUAUGCUUUUGGGAUGUGUAUGCUGGAGAUGGCUACUUCAGAAUACCCCUACUCUGAGUGCCAAAAUGCUGCUCAGAUCUAUCGCAAAGUCACUAGUGGAAUAAAACCUGCUAGCUUUGAUAAAGUAAAUGACCCAGAGAUCAAAGAGAUCAUUGAAGGCUGCAUUCGUCAGAACAAAAGUCAGAGACUUUCCAUUCGAGACCUCCUGAACCAUGCAUUCUUUGGGGAGGACACUGGGGUCCGUGUGGAGCUGGCAGAGGAAGACACUGGCACUCAGGACUGUCUGGCUCUUCGGAUUUGGGUUGAAGACCCCAAAAAGCUGAAGGGAAAGCACAAGGACAAUGAGGCCAUUGAGUUUAGCUACGACCUUGAGAACGACAGUGCUGAGGAAGUGGCUCUAGAGAUGGUGAAGUCCGGUUUCUUCCAUGAGAGUGAUGCCAAGGUGGUGGGAAAAUCCAUACGGGACCGUGUAAACCUUAUCAAAAAGUCAAGGGAGCGGCGGCAGCAGCAGCUGCUUCAGCAAGGCUUUGAGGACCGAAGAGACUCCACUCUCACCACCUAUGCAUUUUCAUCCCCUUCCUGCCCUUCGUCACUUGUGCAAGGGUCAGCCGCACAUGCAGGUGUUGGAGAAAGAGGAGCUGGAGGAGUAGUGCAGGAGUCUGAGGAGCUGCCUGAAGUGGAUCAGCAUGUGAGGCAACAACAAAUUUUCAGUGGAGCAGCCCUUACCCUUCCAGUCGGGGAGAGCAUUGGGUCUGCCAGCUGUGAAUCCUUUACAAGUGGACAGAGCCACUCUCAACAGGGGGAAUCUUACUCCCACCCCCAGAUUACUCUCCCUGCUAUGAGUACCGGUGCUUUGACUAAUCCUCAAACACACCCAACUGGUGAGAGCGGAAGUGGUCCAAAUCCUCCUCUUGGUCAGAGUUUUAGUAUGUCCAGCAUGUCCAUUGGCCAGAGUGGAGGGGGACCUGCUGGUCAAACAUUUCUUCAACCUACCGCUGUGGUUCCACAGGUAUCACCAGGGGUACCUCAACAGUAUUUUCAGUCACAAACAUUCCCAUCAGAAGCAUUUCAAACCAACACUCCUCAUGGGUCAAUGGCCCCUUCACAGUCCUGCAUACCCCCGAUUUCCCCGCAAGCACCUGUUAAUGCCCUCACUACAUCCAUGUCAGUUAGUGAUCCUGCUGGACUAGCAGGGAACAUUUUGCCCCUCUCUCAGCAACCUGCCACUCACAUGCAGUUGUCUGACAUUCCCCAUUCAGCUCCACAGCAAACACCUGUUGCUAUCCCACAGCAGACUAUUGUCCCACAACAACAGAUAGGGAUGGAUCCCCAGGUCCUGGCCCUUCAGCAGCCACAGAUACAACAGCAAAUAGAGGCCCAAGCUUCCCUGCUCGAACAACAAGUCAGCGCCAAUCAGCCUCCGGUACAACAGCAUCAGCAGAGUCAUUCAGCUUCAGCUGUCCAAAAACAUCAGAAUGAUCCUCAGCAGCACGUCCAACCAAUGUCUCAAAAGCAUGUGUUGACACCACAAACAGGUAUGGAGCAGCAAGUUAUAUCAGCACCACAGCCAGGAGAACAAGCCCAGACCUCCAGACUGCAUCAAACAGCUGACCCAUGUGAGCAAACAAUGAUACAACCACAACUGUUACAGCAGCAGCUCCAGCAACACCAUGCUCUGUUACAACUGCAGCAACAUCAGCAAGGUCAGCAGCAGCAGCAGGCAAUGCUGCUGGAGCAACAUCAGUUGUAUGUCCAGCAACAGCUUGAUCAGCAGCAACAAAGAGUGCUCUUUCAACAGCAGCAGCAGCAGCAGCAGCAAGCACUGCAGCACAAACAGCUGAUGGACCAACAGCAGCAGCAAGCUCCCAUUCCACAGAAACAAGAGCAACAGCAAGGUUUUGUUCAACAAGAGCAGCCGGUACAAGCAUUUAUACAGCAUCAGUUAGAGCAACAACAAAGGCAACAGCUCCCCUCACAGCAACAGCAGUUAUAUCAACAAAACGGACAGCACCAAAGUGGAAUAAAAACAGAACCUGAGAUACAGCAGCAGCAGCAGCACAAAAAUGUAUUUCAACAGCAGCCCCAGCACACACACCAACAAAAUGAACAAAUGCAGCAACAAACCUUAAUCCAACAGAUGGAUCAGCAGCAUGUGCUAAUACAGCAACAUUUGCAACAGCAGCUCCUGUUACAACAGCAGCAGCUACAACAGAAAGCUCAGCUGGAGCAACAGGAGCAACUCAAGCAACAGAUUGAGCAGCAGCAGCAAGCUCUGAUGCAAAAGCAGUUUGAACAACAUCAGCAGCAGGUCUUGUUGCAACAGCAACAGGUAGAGAUUUUACAGCAACAGGCUCUGAUGAAGCAGCAGAUUCAAGAGCAGCAGCAGCAGCAUGCUGCCAUCAUCCAGCUUCAGCACUCUGAAAAGCAAGAGCCACAAAGCAACAUUGAGUUGCAGAUUCAGCAGCAAUAUGCAAACGCCGGUCAGUUUACGCAUCAUACCGGUCAGCAGCAAAUGAGGGAGCACCAACAGCCACUAAAACUGGCUCAGCAGGAGUCAACAAUUGUUGCUCAGCCGCAGUACCACACAAAUGUGAUAGAUCCUCAUCACUCAGUGGCUCCAAGUGGUACUGACACAAUUCAUCAUCAAUCUCAGAUAAUCUCUCAAACUCAGAUCCCUAUGGCUACUCAGACGACACAGAUCCCUGUCCAGACAACUCCACAAAGUGAGGUUCAUAUCCAGAGACAAGGUCAAAUCCCAGUCCAGUUCUUAUCUCAGUCAGCACCACAAGUGUCUCAAGCUGCGACUGAGACGCAUGCAACCCCUUCAGUAUCAAUUAUACAGGGGCAAACGCAAGUCAUUCAGGGCCAGCAAAGUCCUUUACAGGCCUGUUAUCCUGGACCUUUAAUUGCAACACCGGGUCAGGUGGCUGGUCAGGCGUUAAUCCAGGCCCAGCCUUUACACACAGCCAUUUCCCAGCCACAACAGGGCCAGGUUGAACUACAAAUGAUGGGACAGCAAAGCCAAGCUACUGCUGCUCCAGUUAUUAAUCAAAUCCAACAUGAGCCUCAUUUGCAGCAACAUGUUCAACUUCCAGGCAUUCUCCAACAACAACCUCAAGGCCAACCACCUUUCCAGGCGCACCCUCAGACGUCUGCUGGCUUGUUUAACCCCCAGUAUGUCGCUCAGCCCUCCCACCAAGGCAUGCCAACUGUACAGCAGGAUAUGACUCAUAUGUCACAGCAGCAUCAGCAGGCAGCACUCCAAUAUCAACAGAGGAUUCUGUCUCCUGGCUCAGCUGUUGCUAUUGGAACGAUGACUGAUGGUUUCUCUUCAGUGGUUGACCCUAUAAACUGUAAUGCCCCCCCUCCUCCUUUGCAAGCAGGACAAGGAGGAGUUCCAUGCCAAACAAGGUCACAGCCAGUAGUUCAAGCCUCACAGCCAUCGCUUGGAGGCACCAGUGACCCUUCAGUCCUUCAGCAAAUCUCGCAGACAUAUAUGCCUCAGGCUACUGAGCAGUACCAGCAACAGCUGCAGAAGCUUUCUGAAGCACAGCCACCACUGGCUCUACCUACCCCUCAGGUCCAGUUACAGGCACAUACCAUGUCAACUACCAUCCAACAGCCACCUCCUCCAAAGCAGGCUUUUACAGCCUUUGAAGAGAGUCAACUUCCUCCACAGUGUCUCCCAACUUCCCACCUGGUGGUUCAGCCCUCUUCACAGUUGGGCUCCGGUAAUGUGGCUGAACCUCAGUCACAGAGCAGGUCCCUGCCACUCUUCAGUCAUUUAGGUGCAGGUGCCCCUCCAUCUCCACAGCACCAAACCAAACCGAUACUGCCUGCUCACACACACACACAGACCAGCAAUCAAGCUCAAACACACUCCCAAACACAGACACAGUUUCAGACACAAACUCAUUCUCAUACUCAAACGCACACUGAGGCACCAGUACCCGAACUGCCUCUUCUGUCUCACGCAGUCUUUUCUGCUCAAAUAAUGCCCCUUAGUCCCUCACAUACCUCAUGCCCCCAAACAUUACUACCAUCUCUCCCACCCCAAGUACCUCCCACUGCUCCUGCUACAGAGCUUUCUACAUCUCAACCAGCAACCCAGAAAACCUUACCAGGGCAGGCCGACUUUGUUCCCACCUCUCCUCCACCUGUCGCUACACUACAAUUGCUUGACUCUAAUGCUCCCAUUCUGCCCCAAGCCUCGCUGCAAGACUGUGACCUUUCCCUGCUGGGCAUCACUCAGGAUGGCCCAUACCUGACCAGUGCAGACCAUCAUUCUUCUUCAGGGUCUGUUACAGCUAACGGUGAAGACAACCUUCUGCUUGCGGCGAAUGGGAAAUCAGAGAAAUCAAAGACUCAACGAAGGACCUCCUGUCAGAGGCCCGAGAAGGGUUCACAUCAAUUCCAGCUGAGCAUGCUUCAGGUUUCUGGCAGUGGGGACAAUAUGGUAGAAUGUCAGUUAGAGACCCACAGCAACAAGAUGGUGACAUUCAAGUUUGAUAUUGAGGGAGAUGCACCUGAGGACAUAGCAGACUACAUGGUGGAGGAGGAUUUUGUCCUUGAUAUGCAGAAAGAGAAAUUUGUGGAGGAGCUUAAAGCAAUUGUUAAGAAAGCCCAAGAAAUUCUUCAAACGCAUUCACGGACCGGAUCAUCUGAUCAGUUACACGUGAGCACAGCUAGCUCAAUGGACUCAGUGCCCUAUUCCUCUCCGGUCGGACGCUGGCGCUUCUUUAUCAACCAGACCAUUCGUCAUAGAGACUCUUUUUCCAGCCAGGGAGCAGUCACACCACCACCCACUGCAGAAUCACGGAUUCCGCAAUCCCCUCAAAGGGAAAACGAAAGUGAAGGAUCCCAGAGUAUGGAGCCUUUGACUGGAAAGAAUUCUUCCCCCACAGCCCCUUCUUCGAACUCAACCCCAGUCUCCACUGUCUCAGUCCCUGUCUCUGUGGCCCAUGCUCCGCAAACACCUGCCUCUGAAACUGUCACUGAAUCUGCCUCUGUUCCCCUCAUUGCCUCAAGUUGCCUUUUUUUGCCAAUCCUCACCCCAGCUUCUGCUGACCAAACUCCCAGCGCUCCUUCAACCACAGUAAUACCUGGUGCUGCUAACAUCCCCAUAUUGUCUACUGCCCCAUCUGUUGUGUCUCCUUCUCCAACAACCAUACCUCCUGACAACCUUACUCCCCCUGUUACCAGUGUUUGUUCCACUAUAGGUCAAAAUACAGCAGACUCAGUGAUCAUUGCACAGAAACCGUGUGUAUCAGCAGUAGACCUGGCCUCUGCUGCUCCUAAUUCCCCGUCUCCUGCUGCAGUGUUGCCAGUCAGCCAAACAGGUGUUGAAAAGCAGCAGACAUUAAAUCAGGUAGCCACAUCUGCCCCACUGCAAACGCAGCAACAGAAUACAUCCCAGCAGCAAGCCCCGGCAACACAACAACCACAACGGUCAACACCGCAACAACAGCUAUCACAGCACCAGAUCUACCAGGAUCAAAUUCCGCUGCAGCAAGAGCGAGCGUCACAACCUUCUCUGCAACAAUUACAGCAACAGCAGCUAAUGCAACAACAAGUAUCCCUCCAGCAGCAGCUGACCGAGGUGCAAGUACUCCCCCAGCCAGGCCAUGGAGAUGUGCCACAACAGUCUGUGCCACUCCAUCAGUUUUUGCCACCUUUGCCCCUACAGCAGACCCAAACCCCCCCAACCUCCCUGCAGACCCUGCAACCUCAACAGCAAACGCAGCAGUAUGCCCAACAGAUACUGCAACAACCUCAAUUUCCGGUUGUGGCACAUCAAGCUGCAGUAUUUGCCCAGCAGCAGGCUAACAUUGAUCAGCAGCAGCAGCAGGUAAAUGUCCAGCAGACAGGACAUUUGGAGCAGCUGCAGCAACAGCAGCAGCAACACCAGCUGUUUAUGAGUGUUGUAGCUCAGAGCCAAAUGCUGCCUUCUUCCAUUGGCCAACAACUUGUUCAACAGCAGACACAGCUAAAUGUUAGCCCUGUCCCUCAACAGCAGAUUCUACAACAAAUCCAAAUGCCUGCUGAAAUGUUGCAGCAGCAUCCGCAGUCACAGAAACAGCUGCAGCACUCUGAGCAACAACAGGAAAUGGUUAAAGCCAUGCAUACACCCCAGAGACAGCAGCAGUUUUCUCUGCAGAAGCAGCCCUCUUUACAGAUGUCAGAGUCAGAGGCAUCCACGGGAGAAACAAGUUUUACUGAGGAUACGGGAAGCUAUUCUGCCCACAUUCCUGCUUCAUCCGACUCCUCUCUGCCCCCUCUCCAUCUGAGCACCACUGAAGCCCCCUUACCCAAUUUCUCCCUGGCAAUGACACCAUCUCCCGCUCAGCCUUCGUCUGUGGCCGAGUCAGACAGUGAAGGGCCCCCCAAAAUUGAGUUUGUGGACAACCGUAUAAAGACUCUGGAUGAAAAGCUGAGAAACCUGCUGUAUCAGGAGUAUAGCAGUGGCGGCACACUGGCUGGGGCUGCUUCUGUUCCUACAUCAGCUGCCUCCACAUCAGCAGGAGGGGAUGAAUCAUCUGAGCCACAGUCUCUUCACCACUCAUCUUUUCCCCCACCUGCCUCUUCCUCAGAUACUUCCCCCCACUCCUCAUCCUCCACUACCUCCUCCACCACUUCUCGUUCUUCUUCCACCUCUCCUGACCCAGAGAGAGAUGGAGACGGAAAGCAGGCUUCUUCAGAAGUGCCCGACCCUGUGGCGUCGGGUCCAGUGGAGCAGCAGCCUGGCCCAUCGCUUACCUCCGCUUCUGUCUCAUCCACCCUGCCUGCUUCUCCCCUGCUUCCAAGUCAGGAUGACUCUGCAGUCUCCCAGUGCCCACCUUUACCAAGAGAACCAACCAUCCUUGCUGUACCCACACACUCUGACACCAGUGCCUCUGGAGAUACUUCAUGGUCCUCCAAUCAGCACCCGAUCCCCCUCCGGCAUGGACGGCAGCAGCAUAAUGCAGGAGAGAAACAAUCGAGCAGUCUGGCACUUGGAGAUGAGAAGGAGGCGACACCACUGAAUCCGCCUCAAUCACGCACAGGACGGUUUCAGGUGACCCCGGUGCCCCAGACCUCCCCCCCAAAAGAGAUGGCAUCAGGCCACAGUAGCACUCACAGGAAAGUGGGUCGCUUCUCUGUAACCCAGGCUGAGACCAAGAAAGACUACAGACAGACUGACAGCUCACCAGUGUCUCCUGAUUUGGAAAGAGAGAGGAGGAGGUCUCGGACAAAGGAGGGGGAUAGAGAGGAAAGUAAGAGAACGCCAUCAGCAGCCCACCUGCCUCGAGGUCUUGGGCACAGCCACUCGCCACUGAGCAGCAGUGAUGACGAUAAUGAUGAGAGUGAGCUGGAGGAUGAAGAGCUGAGAAAGGAGCUGCACAAACUCAGAGAGAAGCACAUCAAAGAGGUGGUUUCUCUGCAGGCUCAGCAGAACAGAGAGCUUCAGGAACUUUACAAACAGCUGCGUUCCCUAAAAGACCAAAGACAGAGUCUGCCUGCUUCUCUUUCCCGAACUCCUCCACCUCCUGUCCUGUCUCCACGCAGGCCAAGGCCAGGCAAAACUAAGCUUCGACCCAGACCUCACUCUCACAUGGAUAACAAUGGAGUGACUCGCGCUGGGAUUCACCCGUCAAGUAGUUUUUCAGGUGGAGAACAGGGUAGAGUGUCGUCACUUUUUAACCCAGAGCAUCAUACCUCACUUCUUGCAAAAAGAGAUCACAGUCCCUCAAGAAAAAGCACAUUCACAGAUGAAUUGCACAAGCUUGUUGAUAAUUGGACAAAGGAGAUGGUUGGCCCUGUCCCACCCAAGCCUUCUCUGAAUCAAAUCAAGCAGAUUCAGCAGGUACAGGAGUUAGGGCGCUGGAGCCAGUCAGAGGUGACCCCGCCAGUUUGGUUUCAAGCAGCACGACUGAGCCCCCAGGCCCCCGCUGCUCCUGCAGUCGUGGCAGCGGCGCCUUCUUCUCAUUACAGCGGUGGAGGAAGCCUGACCACCAUACCCUCAUCUGGGCCUCCACCACAACAAACCCUUGUAGCUCAAGUGCCACAGGUUCAGCAAAAUGUGCACCUUCCUCAGUCUCUCCCCCUCCAUCAGAUGACCUAUCAGCAGUCCCCUCUCUGCCAGCAAACACCCCAGCCGCGGAUGCAAACCCCUAUUCAGUCACUGUCACAGACACAACCAACCACCCAGCUGCCCCACUCGCCAUCACAGAGCCAACCGCUGCUGCCUUCCCAGAUGCCCACAUCACCAGUGUCCACGGUCACCUCUCUGCUGCCUGGCAGUGGUACCUCUGUACCCACUGAUAGCUCUGCUGCUACCGGGGGGGCAUUUUGCUCCUGUUCUUCAUCUUCCCCUACAUGUUGCUCAUCUUGCUCAACUGCUGCUAUACCUUCCAGUGCCAAAAUUCACCAAACAACCCCCACCUCUACUCUUCCUCUGGGACAGAAAUGAAACCAAGUGAAGUGUGAGGGAAAUAUGAAGGUCAAAGAAAUGGAAAUACUCAGUGGGUCAGUACGCAAAUCUGAUCCAUUUGGAGUGUUUGUUUUGUGUACGUGUGAAAGAGUUGUGACUGAAAUGUGUAUAUAGAUUCCAGGGUGCUACUGGAUGUGGUGGGAAAUGAAUGUUUAAGACAGAUACAGUCAGGAUGGAUGUUUGGAUGUUGAAAUGUAAAAAAAAAAAGUCUUAAAUAUAUGAGUGUGUGCAUUUAUGAGUGUGGGUGAGUGUUUAUGGGACAUUUGAGUACAUAUCACUUUGGAUACAAGUCCUGUUUUUGUUUGCAAACCUCUGCACCUGAAAUCUCCCAAAGCAGAGACAAGAAGGACAAACUAUUUGACGAUGUUGGCCUUUUUGGUCGGCUGCUUACAUUGAAAGGACUAUCAAUUUUAAAAGUGCAAUUAGUAAUGGUCAUCUAAAUUGUAUUGAUUUAUCUGUGAGGCAUAAAAUAUUUUUGUAGAGGCACAGUGGUGAUUAUGAUGCAUCGAAGAUUUUUCUUCACCACCUUUUAAUCUGUAGGCAUACAGCACAAUGUGUUUCAAUGGGCAAUGAUAAAAAGAGAAAAAGAGCAUGUUGCACAGUUAAGCACGACUAAGGGAUCUGGAAGCCCUCUUCUCCACAGUGCAGCCAAACAUGUUGCAGUGUUGUGUACGGUACAGCAUGUGUUUUGUAAUGUUUUGUGUUUGUGACAGAAAACUGUUCGAAUUAACACGAUCAAACGAGUUCAUUAUGCGAUGAUAACCUGAAAUAUUCUCUCUGUGUUCAGAAAAUAUCUGAAUACACUCAACUCAAGACUGCAUGACCCUAUUACUAAUUUGACUUGCCUGAGUGCAAACUGCCUGCUCCUGCUUUAUAUUCAUGAAACUCUCAGUCACUGUUCCCAUCCCGCCAAGCUGAUAAAUCACAGGCGCAUUUGCUUUCAGUCUUAUGGGCUUUCACGUCUGACUUUUUUGCUUUCAGUUUAAGCUCUGCAUAUCAAAGUUUAUCUGUCAGGCUAAGGAGGAAGACGAAAAAAUUAUUUGUAAAAAAAACAAAACAACCACUGCCAAGUUAUUUUUAACUGGGGAAAUCACAGUGAAAUGUUUUUUCCCGUGAUGCCUUUUUAAAAUGACUGCGUUGUUGUGAGUGUGUACUUUUUCUGUGCGGCAAAGCUGUGAUUGUCUCCUGGUAUAUGGCAUCACGAACAGCGCCCUUUCCAUUUUUUGUCCAUUCAAAGUAGCCAAUCAGAUUUCACUAUCCUUAAAAGGAAAGAAAUAACUGCUCGUGUUCUGGGAUGGCUUCUUCAACAGACAGAAAAGUGACAAUUUGAUCAUUUGUGUUUCAGUCCUCGGUUACCUUCUCUGCUUUCCAUUGCAUUUUUUUCCAGUAUCGGUUGUUAAACAUUUAAUCUUUGACCACAGGCUUUCAGUGUAACUGCAUCAGUCAAGGGUUGAAUUAGGGCCGUAGGGACACCACUAAAGAUUUAUUUUCUUUAUUUCCCAACAGACUUCAAUACGUCUUAUUUGUAAAUGCCGAGACAAGCGGAGUAAUAUAUCAGAAGAAGAUACAGUACUUUACAGUUUAUUGACGUUUUAGUGCACCUCACAAUAAACAUGUUUGACUAGUCUUGGUCAAGCUUUAAUACAUUUUUUCAUUGUUAUACUUAGCCUGUAGUCAAAGCAGCAUUUCUGUUUUACUGAUUAUAGAGAUUGUGUGCCACAGACAACAGGAGAUUGCACUGUGUGGUAAGAAGAGCUUAAUGUGACUAAAAGACAUAAAAAACAUAGUCUAAAGGGGGAAUAGUUCAUACUAUAGAGUAUGGUUGUUGAGAGACUGGAAAAUCUAGAGUAUGACAUUUUCAGUUCUCUGUAUUUGUUGCUUUUCAAGACUUCCUACAUCCUCCCAGAGAUGUAGUUCAUUAAUAGUGAUGGUGAGAUACUGUGCUGUUUAUGUCUGAUACUAACAUGUAUCUAACAAGCCACAGCUUGACAGUCAAGAUUAUGAAGCAGGCUUUGUCCUUGAAGUGUUACCAAAAUGUUAUCUAAAAUAUAAAGAUUAUUUUUGUAUUUUGGAAUGGGCUUGUACAAAUUGUAAAAUUGUGUUCUCAUCAUUUUAAAGGAGAGGUUAUUUGAAAUUAGAAAAAAAAACAACAACACUGGUUUUCAUCCCUGUUUACAUGGGACUCCCUUUCCUUAAAUACCUCUCUGGGUACUGGCAGGCAAGACUUUUCUUUCAGAAAAGUGUUGGUCAUUUUUGACUACAUACUGAGUCUCUGAAUAAUGCUAACCUGGACAACGUAUUACAGAGUAACACCAGCUUUUUUGCUUCACUGCAGGUCAAAUAUAAUUAAACAAAUAAUUGCAAUGACAUUCUGGGGAGUCCCAAAAUGGUGACUGAGAACCAAUGAUAAGAAUACAUUUGGCCAUAAAAUGAAAUUUAAAAAACAGAAUUAAAGUUUGUUGCUGGUGAGUUAGCCUCUGUAAAUUGUAACUAAUUCAGCUGUUGAUUUUAUUUAUGUUUUGUAACUAAUCAAAAUAAACGAUGUUCAACAUCAGAUUUCCCUUUUUUUCUUAUUUGCCAGUUAGAAUAGACCCCUCUGGG